UUAUAUCGACUCUAUUCUGCUUCUUUGUGUUUUACUUUCUAAAAUAGAGCAAUAAUUGUGAUGGUUGCAGUGAUUUACCGGAAGUUAUACAGUAACAACUACGAUUACUUUCUGAGUUUGCCGCCGCAUAAACUCGACAAAAAUAGACUUUUAAACUGGUUUGAUCUUAGGUUCAAUGUAAUAACAAUAUUGUUGGAUGUUGACUCAGUCAGAAACGGCUGCAUGCCAAAGUCGGUGGUUGAAAAUAACACAUCAUUUGGUUGUUUUUCUUUGCUUGUCUCUUGCGAACAUUUCCGUGAUGACCUCUGUUUCCUCUGUUCUUCACGACUUUUCUUUGAGGAGGCCAUUACAAAGCACUCUCGAGAAAGAAGGAACCCGAAGAUGGCUGCACUUCAUGUGUUUGGUGUCGUUUUGAUGGCAUGGCUAGUACAAGCAGUAUUGGGUGGCAGCUGUCCUUCCUUGAUUAACUGCGGCGAUCUCGGUAACAUCAGUUUUCCUUUCACCGACACGCGUCACCGAGACUGUGGAAUAUUGGUGAUACAUGGCUGUGAUGACCACGAACCAGGGGCCAAAAAAACCAUAAAAAACAACAAUAAAUGGUUUGAUAUUCUGAAGCUAGAGCAGUUCACGAUUACCGUGCAACACGAUGAACUCCGAGACUUUUUGCUACAACGAAGUUGUGAAGCCUUCAAUCAGAACUAUACUUUCACUGUGAGCUCGCCUUUGGCUAAGACUUCUCCUUUAAAUCAUUACGUAGACGUACUCCGAUGUAACCCCGCCCUCGGUGCUGCACCAAACAAUUCUGUUUCUAACUCCGCAAUUUGCAGAAACGAAACAAUAUAUUCAGUGGUGGACAACGACCCUUCUUCCAGCUACACUCAUCUCAAAGGAUGUACAAUGGUUCAGCUUCCUACGAACUUGGACGUUCGGUUUGUGGAUCUUGAUCCCAAUGAUCCUUUCAAGUACGUUACAUUCGAAAUCGAAAUUGGAAUAGAAUUGUCUCAGAACUGUUCUAGGUGUCUGUAUGCUAAUGGAGGCCAAUGUCGAGUUGACAACACCGGAAUGUUUUACUGUGACCAAGGAAAGGGACCAACAAAAACUCGUCUUAUAGUGAUAGCAGUUGCAUGCGUGAGUGGAGCACUCGGAGUUAUAGUUUUGGGUGGCUGGCGCAUUAGAAGACGCUUUUACAACAAGAAAAACCCCAGCCACCAGAUCAUUGAGAUAUUUCUGAACACCCACGGUCAUCUUGCAGCCAAAAGAUACAGUUAUUCAGAGAUAAAGAAGGCCACCAACUCCUUCAGAAACAAAUUGGGUGCAGGAGGCUAUGGUAGCGUCUACAAGGGCAAAUUAAACGAUGGAAGCCUUGUGGCAGUGAAAGUCUUAAACGACUCCAAAGGUAACGGUGAGGAAUUCAUCAACGAGGUUGCCAGCAUCAGUGUCACUUCUCAUGUUAACAUUGUUAGUUUACUAGGAUUCUGUCAGGAAGGUUCUAAAAGAGCUCUAAUAUAUAAAUACAUGCCUAAUGGAUCCCUUGAGAAGUUCAUAUAUGAAGACAAGGAUCCACGCAAGCUUAGCCUUCGAUUAAGCUGCAAAACCAUCUACAAUAUUGCGAUUGGCAUUGCUCGAGGAUUAGAGUAUUUACACAGAGGAUGCAACACUAAAAUCUUGCAUUUUGAUAUAAAGCCUCACAAUAUAUUGGUUGAUGAGGAUUUCUGUCCUAAGAUUUCAGAUUUUGGAUUGGCUAAGAUAUGUCAGAAAAAGGAAAGUAUUGUGUCCUUAUUGGGAACUAGGGGAACUGCAGGAUACAUUGCUCCUGAGGUAUUUUCUAGAAAUUUUGGAGGUGUUUCUCAUAAAUCUGAUGUAUAUAGCUAUGGAAUGGUUGUUUUGGAAAUGGUGGGGGCAAAGAUGAAUAAGAAUGUUGAAGGUGAAGGUUCAAGUGAAGUAUAUUUUCCACAGUGGGUUUACAAGCGUCUUGAGCUGAAUGAGGAGCCUAGACUGCGAAGCAUAAAAAAUGAAAGUGAUAGAGAAAUGAUACGAAAGUUGAUUAUUGUGAGCUUGUGGUGCAUUCAGACAGACCCAUCAAAUAGGCCAGCAAUGAGUAGAGUGGUAGAUAUGAUGGAAGGAAGCUUGGAGGUGUUGCAAAUACCACCAAAACCUUAUCUCUCUUCACCUCCAAGAUCUCCUCCUAGUUCCUCUGAUCACACCAACUGCACGUCUCACACUACAUAUCCUUCUGAGUACUGAUUAGUUUCUGCAACAUAUGUCUCCUGUAUUAUCAGGUUGGCUCAUUAAAUCUUGUUUACAUAUGUUGUUUUUUGAUGAUAUACCAUGUAUUUGAUAAGAUUCAAAUUAUCAAAAUCAAAUUUUAAAUUUAAUUAGAGAACAAUUUCCGUACCUUUUGUCCCUUGCAGUUUAGUCUUUUAAGAUUGACUCAAUAUUGAUUGCAGUUUAUUUGUUUAGUCUUUUAAGAUUGACUCAAUUUGUAAGGUUUGUCCCAAUUUAUAUAUUGUUUAACUUAUCUUAUCUCUUUGUCAUAUAAAUCUUCA